CUUUUAAAUAUGCUGUUCAUUAUCGGGAUGAGUAAUAUCUGGCUAAGAUCUUAUCGUUUGAAAUUUAAAAUGAAACUUAUAUGGAAGUAACGAUGAACCCCAAAAGCAUGUUAAAAUGGGUAUGGCUCACCGUUUGUUUCCGGCAGGUUUCCAAUAUAGACAUCGCGGUUGGCUAUGUCCAAAUGGCUGAAAAUAGCAUAGCAGUACCGAUCGAAUGCACUUCAAACGAUGGCAUCUCGUUUCUUUACAUUAAAAGAGAGGGCGCAACUGGUACUUUAAAAACGAUUGCAGAACGUGAUGCCCAACUGGGAUCAUGUUAUCUUCUGGACACGACUGCUAACGAACAAAAUUACGCUGCUGCUUACACUAGUGUUGGAUGUAUCCUUUUCAUCAAAAACUUAACCGAUGAAACAUACGGAACAUACAUAUGUUGUGAAUUGUACAGCCCUUCAAUAUGUGUGAACACGACGAUUAUACCAAAUCCCAAUAUAAAUGAUAACUCCGUGAAAGAUUUCGUAAAGGCGAAUUUGUCGAAUCUACAUGAAUAUGAAAUGAAUCCUUCGUACACAGGAGAUCUCAUUUUUGUGUCCAUUGUGUCGUUCUGUUUCGGUGCUUUUGGUGCCUGGCUUGGUUACCGUUGGUAUCUCUACCAUCGAAAGAAAUGUUGCUGUAAAAAUAGACAGAAGGUCGACGAAGACAAUUUUUUUUUAGUAUUAAGGAGACAAGAACUUAAUAUUUAACCGCAUCUUUCGCCGGCCGAUAAGGUACAUUCGACCAAAUUGUUUUACGGCACAAAUGUACAAUGUGUUUGAUUAUGCGUGAUGUUUGUUUCGCAUCGGUUUAUCCCAUGCUUUAUUUUUAUCAUGCUCGGUUUUAAAAUGUCACCCUUAUGAAAGAAAAAGCUAAUGUGUGUCUUACGAAGUCACGAAAACUAUUGUGUAUUAUUGGUUAUAUAUUCUGUUGCUUGAAAUAAAUAAAUAUUGCUCUUGUGGUAGUGGUAACAAAUAUGAAUUGAAACAAUGACAGUUUUAGCUUAAUAUAUUGUUAAAGCAAUUUAAGGCAAUUACUUUGUCCGGUUUUGAAUUUAAUGUUAAGUGCAAACUCUGUUCCAUUAAAACUAAGCGCUUGUAUAAUUCUUUGUUAGGUUAACGUUCUUGUUUUCCAGAAGUCCUUAUAGAAAUCGUGUAACUGGUUUUAAAGAAGAUUCAAUACCAAGUCAAUGUAUGAACAUUAUGGUCAAGAGAAAGUAUAACCUCUUGCCAUCGUAAUUAGGUCAUCAUUUGCUUUACCAGUUUGUUUAGUUUUUCUGUAAGAUUUGACAUUGUUACCUAUUUCUUGACAUAAUCUGGUCGAAUAUUAAACUUGGUCUAAAAAUUGUAAACAUAACAGAGUAUGUA